UUGGGGAAGGUGCUCCACUAUUCUUUACAUCCAUUGUCAAGUUUUUUACCCUCCCAUCUUCCCCCAACAUUGGAGCCAGCUCCGACUGACACUGCCAGCCGGCCAGGCGUCACAGCUGGACCUGUGUCAAAACCGGGACUGGAUAAUGAAGUCGUGGGAGAUGAAGGACGUCGAGGAGGAACUAAAGAGAAGAUGACAAUUUGUCAGGCACGAGCGGCAUGGAGGUGGACGACCGCGUGUCGGCGCUGGAGCAGCGGCUGCAGCUGCAGGAAGACGAGCUGGCGGUCCUAAAGGCGGCGCUGGCUGACGCGCUGCGUCGCCUACGGGCAUGCGAAGAGCAGGGCGCUGCACUGCGCGCGCGGGGCACCCCCAAGGGCCGGGCGCCUCCGCGCCUAGGCACCACAGCCUCGGUGUGUCAGCUCUUGAAAGGCCUUCCCACCAGGACGCCCCUCAAUGGCUCAGUACCCCCGCGGCGCGUGGGCGGCUAUGCCACGUCCCCUUCCUCCCCCAAGAAGGAGGCGACUUCCGGGCGCAGUGCCCGCCGCUACUUGUCACCGGAGCGCCUCGCCUCGGUGCGUCGCGAGGACCCCCGCAGCCGCACCACAUCCUCUAGCAGCAAUUGUAGCGCCAAAAAGGAAGGCAAAACCAAAGAAGUUAUCUUCAGCAUGGAGGAGGGCUCCGUCAAAAUGUUCCUGAGGGGCCGCCCUGUGCCCAUGCUGAUCCCGGAUGAGCUGGCGCCCACCUACAGCCUGGACACGCGCUCGGAGCUGCCUUCCUGCAGACUCAAGCUGGACUGGGUCUAUGGCUACCGUGGCAGAGACUGUCGUGCCAACCUCUACCUGCUGCCCACAGGGGAGAUAGUAUACUUCGUGGCCUCAGUGGCCGUGCUGUACAGCGUGGAGGAGCAGAGGCAGCGACAUUACCUGGGACACAACGAUGACAUCAAAUGCCUGGCUGUCCAUCCUGAUAUGGUCACCAUCGCCACUGGACAGGUGGCAGGCACCACGAAGGAGGGGAAGCCACUGCCACCCCAUGUACGCAUCUGGGACUCAGUCUCUCUCUCUACCUUACACGUGCUGGGCCUGGGGGUGUUUGACAGAGCCGUGUGCUGCGUGGGCUUUUCCAAAUCGAAUGGGGGCAAUCUGCUCUGUGCCGUGGACGAAUCCAACGAUCACAUGCUCUCCGUGUGGGACUGGGCCAAGGAGGCCAAGGUGGUGGACAGCAAGUGCUCCAACGAGGCCGUGCUGGUGGCCACCUUCCACCCCACAGACCCCACGGUGCUCAUCACCUGCGGGAAAUCCCACAUCUACUUUUGGAGCCUGGAGGGGGCCAGCCUAAGCAAGCGGCAGGGCCUCUUUGAGAAACACGAGAAAGCCAAGUACGUGCUGUGUGUGACCUUUUUGGAGGGUGGCGAUGUGGUCACCGGGGACUCUGGGGGAAACCUCUAUGUCUGGGGCAAAGGUCAGUGCCACCCCCCCUGUUCGGUCCCCAAUCCAGUCUUCCCUAGCCCCUUUUGGCUGUGCCUCCCUUUCUCUGCCCCCUGCGUGGAUGGUAGGUAUGGUCCAACAGGAGCAGGUGUGUUGCCGGGGCUAGUCCAGAUCUUCUCUUUGGCAUCAGGCUCGGGGGGAAGGAUUGGGACCUGUGGUCUUCAUGCUUCUGUCUUCCCUUUCUGCCAGGGCCACAUGGAAGAGCUGUGGGGCCUGGCCACGCACCCCAGCCGGGCACAGUUUGUGACAUGUGGGCAGGAUAAGUUGGUGCAUCUGUGGAGUGCAGAGUCCCACCAGCCCCUGUGGAGCAGGAUCAUCGAGGACCCCGCCCGCUCUGCUGGCUUCCACCCCAGUGGCUCUGUCCUGGCUGUGGGCACAGUGACUGGCAGAUGGCUGCUGCUGGACACAGAGACUCAUGACCUGGUGGCUAUCCAUACAGAUGGCAAUGAACAGAUCUCAGUGGUCAGCUUCUCCCCAGACGGGGCGUACCUGGCCGUGGGCUCCCACGACAACUUGGUGUACGUGUACACGGUGGACCAAGGCGGCCGCAAGGUCAGCCGCCUGGGCAAGUGCUCGGGCCAUUCCAGUUUUAUCACCCACCUGGAUUGGGCCCAGGACAGCAGCUGCUUUGUCACCAAUUCCGGGGACUAUGAGAUUCUGUACUGGGACCCGGCUACCUGUAAGCAGAUUACCAGUGCGGAUGCUGUGAGGAAUAUGGAAUGGGCCACGGCUACCUGUGUCCUGGGGUUUGGGGUGUUCGGCAUCUGGUCUGAGGGAGCAGAUGGUACCGACAUCAACGCCGUGGCCCGCUCCCAUGAUGGGAAGUUGCUGGCUUCAGCUGACGACUUUGGCAAAGUCCACCUGUUUAGCUACCCUUGCUGUCAGCCUCGAGCCCUCAGCCACAAGUACGGAGGACACAGCAGCCAUGUGACGAAUGUGGCCUUCUUGUGGGAUGACAGUGUGGCCCUGACCACCGGGGGCAAGGACACCAGUAUACUGCAGUGGCGGGUGGUCUGAAGUGGGAGAGGGGGUCCCAAGGGACAUGGGGCCGGGGCAGAGUCAGGUGGUAGGGUUGGAAUUCUAUUUUCGGGAGAUGUCUAUUGCCGAGUAGAGUAAUAUAUACCCAGAGUAUGUCUAUAGCAGAGAGAGUUAUGGGGGUGGGAGGGUGGACUAACGAACAAAAGUCUCUAUUUAUCAGGGUGGGAAGAGGGGUCACGUUGCUUUGGGUGAGCCAUUGGGGUGUUUCGUUUGAGGUGUUUUUUAAGUUUAUUCUUUUAUAUCAUCCAGAAAUAAAGACACAUGCACUGAG